AUGGAUGCUUUCGAAAAGCAAUUUGGCUCCCUUAACUCCAAAGGCCAAUAUGAGAUUGAGACGAACUUCCUGGCCUACCUGAACAGCUUGCCAUAUAUCGGCUUCGUACUCGGUCUUCUUAUUGGGAGUGAGAUUAGUUCUCGAUACGGCAGGAGAAUGGUGAUGUUCACGAUGAGCGUAUAUGCUCUCUGCACAGCAGCUAUCACAUUUUCCUCGCGAAAUCAGGCCCAAAUUCUUGCUGCAAGAAUCCUAAACUACGGAUACGUUGGUAUGGAGCUCGCAGUUGUGCCCGUCUUCCAAGCGGAGAUUGUCCCGAAGCAGUUUGGUGGUUUGAUAAUGAGCCUAAUUUGCUAUGGGACCUCCACGCUCGAUGGCAACAAACAGUGGCAAAUUCCCUUCGGCUUAUUCUUUGUUAUCCCAACACUGGUAGCUGCAGGGAUAUGGUUCAUUCCAGAGUCUCCCAGGUGGCUCCUUCUCAAAGGGCGAAACGAGGAAGCAGAAAUCGCCCUUCGAAGAUUCCGCACCGGAAGCUUUACUGAUGAUGAUAUCAAAUUGGAGCUCGACGCCACAAAAGCUAUUCUUGAUGAAGAGAAAGAAAAAGGAUCUUUCUUUGAUCUUUGGAAAGGCACCAACUUAAAGCGGACAUUAAUCACCUGUGGUGUUAAUUUCUUCCUUCAACUCACGGGCAAUACAUUCGCGAACAAAUAUGGAACUGUUUAUAUAAAAUCGCUCGGUAGUGUUGACCCGUUCAUCAUGACUGUCGUGAAUCAAUUGGUCAGCAUGAUGGCUGUGGUGUUGUCGAUGGCGUUGGUUGAUCGGAUGGGCAGGCGCAAAAUGCUCUUCAUGGGCGGCUUCAUACAGAUUGCUUCUCUUUUCGUCAUGGGUGGCUUGGGCGCUAGCUCUGAUAAACCGCCCAGAUCCUACAAAAUUGGCAUUAUCUCCAUGCUAACUAUCUUUGGCUUUGGGUUUGCCUCUGGAUGGGCACCAGUAUCUCAUAUCUUGACCGCUGAGGUUCCAUCCACACGUCUUCGCGACAUGACGUACAGAACAGCAUCUACAGUCAACAUCAUCAUUCAGUUCGUCACCACUUUCGCAACACCAUAUCUCCUCAACGCGCCAUACGCAAAUCUGGGAGCUAAAGUAGGUUUUAUCUAUGGUGGAGCUGCGGUCUUGGCCACAGUGUUCGCUUGGUUCUGCGUGCCGGAGUGCAAAGGCAAGACGCUCGAGGAGAUUGACCGGCUCUUCUUAGAUGGUGUCCCAGUGCUCAAGUUCAAAGACGCGAAGCUUUUCACCCACCAUGUCGCCGAUGGUGAUAUUGAAAAUGGAAGUGGUACGUACUCCAGAGAUUAG